AUGCAGCAAGAGAACCGAUUUGACAUUCUUUCCGGUGGCGUUGAGGAUCCAAACGUCAAUGGAACUUUGAAAGAUGAAUUAAUUAGACUGCCGGAGUUGUCUAUAACGGAAGUCUUCGACUUGAAGGCUAAAUUAGAAACUGAACUUGAUGGUCUCUUUGACAAAUUGAAUCUGCAAGGUGCUGAUCUCAACUCUAAUCUUGUCACUCCCGAAGGCUUUCCUAGAUCUGAUGUGGACGUAUUACAAGUGAGACUGUUAAGGCGCAGUAUCAAUAUGCUCAGAAAUGAUCUUCGAGCUGUGAUCUCGAGAACUCAAGAACUGAUGGCUACGCAAUUCAAAAAAAUGGCCGCAAAGACUCACAAGAUCCAAGAUGAUAACGUUUUGGAUUAUCGGAUUCCAUUUGCGCUGGUCACAGAAGUGGUUCCUGGUAGUCCAUCGCACAGGGCUGGCUUACUUGAAGGCGACAAGAUUGUCAAAUUCGGUAGCAUUAAUGCCGGAAACAACCAGUCACUUGCGGCAAUAGGGCCAGUAGUUAAAAAGAGCGAGAAUGCACAAAUUUCGAUACGUAUGCUCAGGAACGGAAGCCUGCAAAAUUUGACUCUGACCCCUUCUAGAAAUUGGGCGGGCCCGGGCCUUCUAGGCUGUCGAUUAGUGCAUGUUUAA